GGUAGGUGGCUGUUGGUCCAAGAAGGCUGGGGCUGCUGCUGGAAGGAAUACGAGGACAGCCAAGGAAUCUUUGCUUAUCAAAAGUGGAGCGGUUGCUUUUUAUUUUCCUGCUAUCUUGAGAGAAGUAACUUCCUGCCUUUUGAUUUCUGUGUUUUGGAGGCCUUUUAACUUUUUGCAGAAUGCAAAGAUGCACUUGAUACUUUCCAUGGGGGCCUGAGGUUGUGUAUAAAAGCCCGGGCUUGUUUAAUUUUGGAUUGUCUUUUCCUGUAUUGGGGAGAGAGGUGGGCCGUGGAUCUUGGCUUUACAGUCAUCGGUGACCAAAAGAAAUGGAGGAGAAGGAGCGAUGUGAUCAAUUCAGUCUGACACUCCUAUGUUAAAGUCUCUCAAAACAAUUUUUCAAGGGAAAAAAACUAGAAGAGAAGAGAACGAUAUACUAAAAGCAGUUUCUUCAAGUUAAGGAAGAAGGUAGGAGAAUGGAAGAAGAAUGGUUCAAAUUUUGAAGUUGCUUUUGCCACUAUCAAAUAAAGAAAACAAUUGAAAUCCAACUGCAGGUUUACUAUUUGUGCUGAAGUUGUCUAUAAAGGAAAGAGCAGUUCCCUAUUUGUUUCUUUUGAAAAACAAGCUUCAGAAACAUUAUCUCCAAUCUUCACAUCAACACCACUUAAAAAAAAAUGAGUUGCAUGCCAUGGAAAGGUGACAAAACAAAAUCAGAAUCGCCAGAAACGCCACAGGUGAUGCCAGUGCACAUUUAUCAUGAAAAACAGCGCAGAGAGUUAUGUGCCCUCCAUGCUCUCAAUAAUGUCUUCCAGGACAGCAAUGCCUUUACACGAGACACAUUACAGGACAUUUUCCAGAGGCUAUCUCCCAACACCAUGGUGACACCACACAAGAAAAGUAUGCUGGGUAAUGGAAACUAUGAUGUGAAUGUCAUCAUGGCAGCUCUUCAGACCAAAGGUUAUGAAGCAGUUUGGUGGGAUAAGCGCAGGGAUGUUAACGUAAUUGCCCUUUCCAAUGUCAUGGGUUUCAUAAUGAAUCUGCCCUCAAGCCUCUGCUGGGGUCCACUGAAACUUCCUCUUAAACGGCAACAUUGGAUCUGUGUCCGGGAAGUGGGAGGAGCCUACUAUAACCUUGACUCCAAACUAAAGGUUCCUGAAUGGAUUGGUGGUGAAAGUGAGCUCAGGAAGUUUUUAAGAAACCAGCUGCAAGGAAAGAACUGUGAACUUCUGCUGGUAGUACCUGAGGAGGUAGAAGUACAUCAAAGUUGGAGAGUUGAUGCAUGACCUGCAAAAUAUCUUAUCUUUGCACUACAGUACUGGUCCUUCUCCCUUCCAACUUCUAAUGUCCUGUGAUGUGGAUAACGAGCACUAUACUCUCCCCAGGAACUUUCCAUUAUGAAGGUGCAAUAAGGCAGUCACAAGAUACUGUCAGGGCCAAACCAGAUUAUUGAAGCUGGAUUUAGGGGAAGAGGUAGAAGACAGUUUUGCAUUCUUUCAUUAUAAUGCAUAAUGAAUUAGAAAUGGAGUAUUGGGAUUCUCUCCAUUAAAUUCUGAUUCACUUUCUUACCCACCAUCCUAAAAUACUUUAUAUUGAAUUGUACACUACUGUCUGUAGGAGUCUCUAUAGUUGGAUGGUUUCUCUCUCCUUCAGGAGAGGUUUGAGACGAGGCAUGUUCCCUUCAUAUCUAUGACUCCCUUCUCUACCAAACUUACGUUGAAGAAACUUGCAAACGGUAUGGGUCUCUCAGGAAAUUUUAGAUACUCUUAGCAAUGGUAUGGUGCUUGUGGAUUCCCUAUUUAAAUAGCAAUUGUGCCAACAGUUAGGGAAAAUAUUGACAAAACGGGACCAUAAUUCUGGAACUCCUAUUGGAGUUUGGGGCUUUUCUUUGUCAUACUUGACAUUUUUUUGAUUUGAGAAUGAGCGAGUGAAUAAUUUGGGGAGAUAAUUGAUGCUUAUUUUUCAAAAACCUCAAAUAUUUUUGGUUAGGUGGGUCAGGUAUAGCCUCUUUUUAUUUAUCUUGUUUGUCCUGUAAUUCAGGGAAAUAAUUCACUGAGCAGGGAAUAUAUCAACAGACUUCUUAAGGAUGAAAUCAUGACAUAAAAGGAAAUUAUAGCCAAGUUUUUGUAAGGUAGAACAUUGUUGAAAGGGCAAAUGUUAAUUUUGCAACCUAUUGUGGGGAACAAAUCCAAGGAUUAGAGUUUGGUUCUUAUUUCAGCUGAUAAUAGUUGAGAUUAAAAAGUUUCUAGGGAAGUUUGAUGCGGGUAGAUGAAACUAUUUAAAACAGGUAAGCUGAGUUACAUUCUUCCAUUCCAUCUGGCAGGAAAUCAUAUCUCUCCUCUUUCCCACUAAAUUAAUAAAAGAGCUGAAGACUGGCAGGAACCUUAUUAGUUUUCCCUUUCACUUCAUCUAAGUGUGCCUCAUUUAUUCUUGUCACGGUUUAUCCUGUUGUAUUUUUCAUUAAGUGUCAUUUACAUUAGUACUGAUAUAUCAGGAAUAGGACCUAUGUUUCCAGCAUCAUCUUGGUAAAGGAUGGGCAAAAGUAACUCUUGUAACUGUAAAGGAUGCCUUUUGCUUUCUAUUUUGAGUAAAAGCAAGACAGACAUCUUUCAAUUUUGGACUUGAACUCUCUCAAUCAAAUACUUUGAGGAUGACAAUGAGAUCAAGACGAAUCUUGUUUAUUGAUGCCUGGAUAAUUUGCAGCCAUAUACUGGUGAAACUGAAAUGACUCCUCUUUGCAUGUACUACAGUCCAAACAGAAUACUUCUAGUUUAAUAGAAGCUCUUUUCUUCUGGACUAUACAUUCCAGUGGUAAAACCAGCUGACAUUUUUACACAUAUUUUUCAUAUGCAGAACAUUAGGCCUGAAGUUCUGCUUCUGACUUGAAGCCAUUUUUUCAUGAAUUUUAAAAAUAUCAGCAGUAAAGUCACUAUUCUUUAUGCUGACUAAAAUAGCACUUUGGAGAGACCCUGUUUGCAUGGAAGCCAAUGGACCAGUGCACAAUAUACAAAUAUCUUUUAAAAAGUAAAGCUAUUCCUUUCCUCUCGGUAUAUUGAUGUCAUUGUUCUGGCCAUAGGGAAAGUGGUGUGAUUCAGCAGCUCAGGAAAAGGGAACAUGUAAUCAUACGCACUUCAGAAUCAGAAUUAUGGCACGAGAGGAGAAUAAGAAUAAUCAGCCCAGUCCAGUUGCUUGGGAAUAGAAAAGCCCAUGAUUGUUUUCUUGCUUGUUUGGUUUUGUUAUAGCUUUGUCUUGGGUUUGUUUACAGAGAUGUAUUUUGUUUAACCAAAUAUUAAAAAUGAGAAAACCUUU